CGUGCUUUCUCUGUGUUUAGACUAGUAUACACCCUUGCUCCAAUUACAUAAAGCCAUUUCAUUGUGUAUGGGAGAGUGCAACAGUUUAUGGGCAGGAUUUUGUUAACUGGAUUAGUAAUAGAUUAAGAUUUAACCCUCCAUUUAGGACCAAGAUGUGAAAAUAAUCAGUGAGCUCGUCUAUGCCUUGGGUAUAUAAGGAUCCUUGACAGAAGAGAAACGCAUACCUGCAACUUCAUUGAAGCUUAACCUCUUGCUUUGUUCCUGAAAAGAAAUGGACUUCCAUAUGCUGGCCCUUGUAGUGGUGCUCCUGGCGGGUCUGGAGCAGAGUUGGGCUGCCUCCUGUGUGGUGGACAGCUUCAAUGUCAAGGAGGACUUUGACCCCAAGAGAUACGCAGGGAAGUGGUACGCUCUGCAGAAGAAGGACCCUGAGGGACUGUUCCUCCAGGACAACAUCUCAGCUGAGUACACCAUCGGUGACGACGGCUCCAUGGUCGCCGCCUCCAAGGGACGUGUCACACUUUUCGGAUUCUGGGUUGUGUGCGCUGACAUGGCUGCCCAGUACACUGUGCCAGACUCUGCCAACCCUGGAAAGAUGUUCAUGAACUACCAGGGCCUGGCCAGCUAUCUGUCCAGCGGAGGUGACAACUACUGGGUGAUUGACACCGACUAUGACAACUAUGCCAUCACAUAUGCCUGCCGUACCCUGAAGGACGAUGGAAGCUGUGAGGAUGGCUACUCCCUGAUAUUCUCCCGUAACCCCCGUGGCCUGCCACCAGCCAUCCAGAGGAGCAUUCGCGCCAAGCAGGAAGAGAUCUGCAUGGCCGGACAAUUUGAGCCCGUGCUGCAGUCUGGAGCUUGCUGAAUGUCUACUAAGAAGGAACAUGUUGUGCUGUCAAGGGAUCCCUACAACGUGUUGGCUUGGACAGAGAUAUUUACUGAUGACUGAAGAGGGAAAUGGCAUAAGAGAUUUUUUUUUAUAUAAAAAUGUUAAAAUGUUAUGCCCCUCAUGUACAGUACCAGUCAAAAGUUUGGACACCUACUUUAUUUUCUACAUUGUAGAAUAAUAGUGAAGACAUCAAAACUAUUGCCUUCACUAUUAUUCUACAAUGUAAAAAUUGAGUAGGUGUCCAAACAUUUGACUGGUACUGUAUAUAAAAAUAAUUGUACAUUUGAGCAUGAUGCCUGCACCAAUCCAACGGAGGUAGAUGCUACAUCACAGAAAUACCUAUAUGAAUAUUAACACCACUGCGUUUUCGCUCAUUCACUGUACAUCAGUUUGUGAUGGCAACAAUACAGUUUAAAGAAACUUAGUUGGCUUGGUGAGUACAUUGUCCAGGGGAAAAACAUGAGCAUUCUAAUGUUAUCACUGUCUCAUGAGCAUUAAAAAAAGAUUCAAAAUGGUAUAAAAAAAAUACAUCAAAUAAAUAAUUUUACUUA